GUAUAGAAAUGAAGGACAAAAUGAACCCUCUCCUAUUUCAUGAACAGGAGCUGACUAGGGCCGGAUUUAGGUUUGAUGAGGCCCUAAGCUACUGAAGGUAAGGGGGUCCUUUAUAUGUCCAGCUGUCCUUUGUCAACAACAAAUUGUCCCUGUUUUUUGUGUUGAAUAUAUGCUAUAUGGUAACUUAUGGACCUAAUAGGUAUCUAAAGCCAUUUGCACAUAGCAAAUAUGUAUUUUAUCAAAGUAAUUGUUGAACUCAAAUACAAUUAAGAAGAAGUAUAUUAAUAGUGAAAUACAAUUAAGAAGUAUAUUAAUAGUGAAAUAAUUAUUCAGCUCUAACUUAAAAUGAUUUUUUAUUCAUAACAAACUUACUAAUGCAAACACAUUGGCAUUUGGCAAUAACAAAAGUUUAGAAACACAAUUUACAAAGACGCAUAAUCUAGUCUUUAGAAACUUGCUAUAACAUGAAAUAAUAAUAGCAAACCAGUGAUAAUGGCAGGGCCUAUUACCUACAUCAUAGGAGCCUACACUACACCAAACACUGUUGCUGUAUGUAGGUUUUAUUUUAUUUGUUUUUUAUCUUAUAUUUUGGAAAUGUACAUCCAGGUAUUUUUCUUUUAAUUUUUUUUUGAGGGGGGGGCUAAGCUAUAGCUUGUUUAGCUUAUACAUAAAUCCGGCACUGGAGCUGACUGAGCGAGUAGUGGACUCGCAAGAGUUCAGAUACACAGAGAUUCCAAAGACAGAUGGGAGAUCAGGUCUACCUUUUUAUUUUUUUAAAGGUACAAACUUACAGCAGAGGUCCAAAGGCUCCCUCCUCGCCCCAGCUCACAGCAUUCGGUGGAAAAUAUUCUGUAGCAAGAAGAUGGCUUGUCAGCACCCAAAUGAAGAUACACACAACCUUUAUAGACCCAGGUAGGCUACAGGGACGCGGGUGGCGCUGUGGGUUAAACCACAGAGCCUAGGACUUGCCAAUCAGAAGGUCGCGGUUUGAAUUCCCGCAACGGGGUGAGCUCCUGUUGCUCGGUCCCUGCUGCUGCCAACCUAGCAGUUUGAAAGCACAUCAAAGUGCAAUAGAUAAAUAGGUACCGCUCCGGCGGGAAGGUAAACGGUGUUUUCGUGCGCUGCUCUGGUUCACUAGAAGCGGCUUAGUCAUGCUGGCCACAUGACCCGGAAGCUGUACGCCGGCUCCCUCGGCCAAUAAAGCAAGAUGAGCGCCACAACCCCAGAGUCGGUCACGACUGGACCUAAUGGUCAGGGGUCCCUUUACAUUUACCUUUAGGCUACAUCACCUGGGAACACAGGUGGCUGGUAUUAACCAUCACCUCCCCCUUUAGUUUUGCCUGGGGCUACACCCAGUAAUGUGAAAUGCAGCUGAGCUCCAUGCUACAGCUGCUUCCAGGGUCACCUUGGCCAUCAUUUGCCUCAAGCAGGGCUUCCAAACCAGCUCACCUUUCCAGGUCAACAUAAUGACUGACCUUGCUCAGCACUUAGGAGUAGCAUGGUACUGGUAGAAAGACUUCUGGUGGGUGUUACCAGGCAACAACAAAAAUGGAUUUUAAAAAAGAAAUAGAUCUGUAAACAGAGGUCUGCUGCCAGCUGCAUAGGAGUUAAAACGGGGAGGGGGCAGUUAGUAUAGCAAAUUUGGAAUUUAUACAAGCAGACUAAUAAAGAUACCCCACCCCCAGCAAAACCAAGACCAGGAUCAAGCCCAUGUUUUCACCUUACAAACUGCUCGGUUAUUAAUAUUACUUUUUCUGCAACUGCCUGCUCCGAAGGCAUUCGCUAACACGAACAGGGAUCUCUUCAUCGCUCUCGAGAAUAAUAGACCUUUGACAUCUGGAAUCUUGAGUCAUCUGAAUGCAAGAUCAGCCCAUGGCGAAGCACAAAUGCACUGGCAUUAUCAUCACAUGGGUGAUUUGUGACUGCCCGGCUGCUAGCAAUGACAAAGAACCCCUUUAUGUGAUGCCCGCUCUCUGCAAGCAGUUAUUGAUGAAUUCUUCUCCGGGAGGGAAGAAAGUAUACCUGGUUUGUUUUUAGCCAUAAGGAGUACAAGAAAGCCUCUCAUUGACUUUGGGUCUCAUGCUAUUCCCUCCCUGCUCCCCACCCCACACCUCAUGGCUCUUUGCUUCCAUGGGCUAUUUUCCAUUUGUGCAAUGUAGGAUAAAGUAGCGUGGAAAAGGUGCUAAUUUUGAUGGUACUACAUGCAACUGUUGUGGUGGCCUGAAGCAAAUAUUUACAUGCUUACAAAAAAAAGGCACAUGCUGGAAACAUUUAUAGAAAACCAGGUGGUGAGUAUUAUACUCUUUGACGCAAGUAAUGUGCCCCACCCCCACUGAAUUUAUUAAAGCUGGACAGGACAGUGAAAAAUACAGGGAGAAAAUCUGUGCCCUAGUAGCUAGGUCCAUUGCUCAGAGACCAUUUUAAGAGAUGCACUCUGCUGAACUCACAGACCUGAGGAAGGAAGGAUAUUAAUCAAUAUAUUUAUCCUCUCCUAGCAUCUAUAAAGGUAAAGGGACCCCUGACCGUUAAGUCCUGUCGCAGACGACUCUGGGAUUGCGGUGCUCAUCUCGCUUUACUGGCCGAGGGAGCUGGCAUUUGUCCACAGACAGCUUCCAGGUCUUGUGGCCAGCAUGACUAAGCCGCUUCUGGCGAACCAGAGCAGCACACAGAAACACUGUUUACGUUCCCGCCGGAGCGGUACCUAUUUAUCUACUUGCACUUUGAUGGGCUUUCAAACUGCUAGGUUGGAAGGAGCAGGGACUGAGCAACGGGAGCUCACCCCAUCGCAGGGAUUCGAAACACUGACCUAGGCUCUGUGGUUUAGACCCACGUCCCCCUAGCAUCUAUACACAUCCCCUUUUUUAAUCUCCUGCUACCAGUUCAAGUUCAAUGCUGCUGUUGUUGUUUAGUCAUUUAGUCAUGUCCGACUCUUCAUGACCCCAUGGACCAGAGCACGCCAGGCACUCCUGUCUUCCACUGCCUCCCUCAGCUUGGUCAAACUCAUGCUGGUAGCUUCGAGAACACUGUCCAACCAUCUAGUCCUCUGUUGUCCCCUUCUCCUUGUGCCCUCAAUCUUUCCGAACAUCAGGGUCUUUUCCAGGGAGUCUUCUCUUCUCAUGAGGUGGCCAAAGUAUUGGAGCCUCAGCUUCAGGAUCUGUCCUUCCAGUGAGCCCUCAGGGCUGAUUUCCUUAAGAAUGGAGAGGUUUGAUCUUCUUGCAGUCCACGGGACUCUCAAGAGUCUCCUCCAGCACCAUAAUUCAAAAGCAUCAAUUCUUCGGGGAUCAGCCUUCUUUAUGGUCCAGCUCUCACUUCCAUACAUCACUACUGCUGUAUGGGCAGUUAAUUCAGAUGAACCCAUCUAGUCGUCCCCCCACCUUCUUAUUGGUUCUAUAUUUCUAUAGGUAGCUUUUGUGUAAAACUUUAUUUUUAAAAAAAAAUCUUUGCAUUUGUUUUACAAGGUUGCAGGCUGAGCCCUUAACCAGCUUGCAGGGAUGUCUCUUUCCAUAUUAAUCUCACCAUAUUUUAAAGAGCAGAGGCCUUGCUGCAAGCACCCUCUUUGAUGUCAAAAAUGAUGGAGCUUAUAUAGGACUGUCUCAUUGGCAUCCCCACAACUUCGGAGGCCCUUCAGGCCAACCGGUUAUUAGAAUUCAGGUGCAGUUUGAGCUGAGAUGAUCAUACCUGCAGCUGUCCUUUGUACAAUGGUACCUUGGGUUACAGACGCUUCAGGUUACAGCCUCCGCUAACCCAGAAAUAUUACCUCAGGUUAAGAACUUUGCUUUAGUGAUGUGAACAGAAAUCGGGUGGCGGUGGCGUGGCGGCGGCAGCAGAAGGCCCCAUUAGCUAAAGUGGUACCUCAGGUUAAGAACAGCUUCAGGUUAAGAAUGGACCUCCAGAACGAAUUAAGUUCUUAGCCCGAGGUACCACUGUACAGUCAUACCUCGGGUUACAGACGCUUCAGGUUGUGUUUUUUCGGGUUACGAACCUGCCGAAACCCAGAAGUACCGGAACGGGUUACUUCUAGGUUUCGGGGGUCGCACAUGUGCAGAAGCACUAUAUCGCGCUUUGCGCACGUGCAGAAGCACCGAAUCGCAACCCGGACGUGCGCAGAUGCACCGCUGCGGGUUGCGAACGUGCGUCCCGCACAGAUCACGUUCGCAACCCGAGCGUCCACUGUACUUGUAUUAAGCAUUUGCUUCUGCCCCUCUACAGGGCUUCAAGAAAAGAGGUCUGGAUUGCUGCACACAAUAAUUGAACAGCUACUCUUUAUUGUUUGCAUAAGCAAUCCUAGACACACUUAGCUAGGGAGCAAGUCCCACUGAACUGAAUGUGGCUUCCCUCUGGGAGGGGUUUGGGUAGAAAUGGAAAGAACAGAAACCAUUUCUUUGGUCUUAGCCUUUCACGCUAAUUAAAGCGAUCAAAAACCUGCACCGCCAGGAAUUCAGACUCGUGAUGGUCAUGAGAGCUCAGUAGUCCUAAGGAGGAAAUUUAAAAAAGAAAAAAAGAGAUAGAGGAGGAAGGAAAUCUGGUUAUGCCUUACCACUCAGCCAGAGUCUGUAAGAAAGGUAAGCCUUGUUUAUUUCUUGCACAAGAUUUUCAUGUUGUAUUAAAUUUCAAUUUGACCAGUUUUCUUAUCUCUGGAAAGAAAUGUAUUUGAUUAAGAAAUAAAUUUCUUAAAUUGUGGGACCUUUAGCAUGGGGUUUCCUCCCCCCUUACCUGACUGUGGUAGCUCUGUAAUUUUAGUUCACAGCACAAUUUACUAUUCUGUGCACUGCUGAAAUCAGAGAUUGCGAUCCUGCACUUGAUAGGCUGUUUCAAUCUCCUUUCAUUUAAUUAGAUUUAAGUAGCAUAGCUGUGGGCCAAAAUGUUUAUCUGUGUGCUUUUCUGGAUGAAGCCAUUCAGUUUGAUUUGAUAUGGCUGGUUAAUUUUCCUUGGGUAUUUACACAAAUGACAAGCAGAUAAAUCCAUCAGAUUGUGACAUUAGGAAAAGCACGGGGCAAUAUAAACUUAAGACAACGUUGGUCUACUGCCUUUGCAGAGUUGUGUUCAUUCACAUCCUAAUAGCAAAACCUAUUACGUUUUUGAUUUUUUAAAGUUACACAAUGCUCCAGUGUGUCUUUUUCCAAAUCAAGGGUCACCGAAUUCUAAAUCCUGGAAUCUCUCUCUGUUCUUCAAACAGUGGUUCAGGGACUGGAAGUUUAUUUCAUUUUUAAAAUAGGUUUAUUACGUUUUGGCGUAAUAACUGACCCAGCUCCCUUCAAUCAGUGAUCUGGCGCCAUUAAACAAUCGAUGCUAUCUAGCUGUAAGAACACUCUGCCCACUUUUUAUUAUUUAAAUCGUUUCCCCCUUUCUUUUAUGAAUUAAAAGUGUGGGUUUUGUUUUUAGCACACCAUGUUUAAAUUUGAUAGCGUUCAAGGGUAACAUUUCAAAGUCAGACUUGCCCUGCAGUCCACUUUCUGUCUCUUUGCUACAUUACCAGAAUGUUUGACCAGCUAGCCCUGAAUUGUCUGCUCUGAUUGACAGCCGGUCUUCAGGGGCUCAGACAGCAUAUUUCACAUAAUUUGUUCUCUGUUCUACCUUUUAACUGGGGAUGCAAGAGACUAAAUAUAGGAUGAUUCUGAAUGCAAAGCCUUUGGCCUACCAUACACUAUAAAAUGCAUGUGCUCUUAACCUGCUAUGUAUAUAGAUAUUCUGCAGAUUGUACACUAGUCUGAAAUGGCCCCCACCUCUAAAACCAGAGGGCAUGGAAGCAAAGAAGUGAAUGUGUGGGGAAAUGUCGAUGAGACUAUUUAUUUCACUUAGAUUUUUCACAUGCGGAACUGUAUUAAAAUACUUUAAUGAGCAACCGGCUCAUUCAGUCAUUGAGAUUUCCUUUUAGUGGUCAGUGCAAACGUUUGCCUUUAAUGGAUCAAUGUAUAAUCAUUUUCCUAGCAUCCUUUUUUCUCUUUCGAAGGAUUGAGACGAUAUCUAAAGCAGAGUAGAAAAGACAAUAAAAUAAAAAUUUUAAAAACGUAAAAAUAAAAACCUUUCUGAACCCUAGAUCAGGUAUAGGCAAACUCGGCCCUCCAGAUGUUUUGGGACUACAAUUCCCACCAUCCCUGACCACUAGGGAUCAUGGGAGUUGUAGUCCCAAAACAUCUGGAGGGCCAAGUUUGCCUAUGCCUGCCCUAGAUAGUCCCCACUCAAGACGUCAGCUGAGUAUGACUAUUUGGGAAACAUUGUCAGUGAGCUGUUUAAUUUCUUAAGAAACUGUCCAGUCAACAAAUGAGGCUGUGUUUCUGCCAAGAUUAUCAAGGAUACAAUGAAAAUUCCGCAUAGAGAAUGGUCACCCCUUUGUCCAUUUUGUAGGUGUGAUCUGAACCAAACAAGAUGCCCAGGGGACAGCACUACCUAGAUGGCAACUUUGCUCGAGGAAAGGGAUCCACCCCUCUUUCAGCGGAAGAGUAAGCGGAGCUAUCGGACUUAUUGACGAACUAUUUCGAUGCCAUUCCAAAUACGCAAUUUUAGUCACAAAAGGGAGAGUGGUUUUCUCCAUCUGAGUUCAGGGUCAAGCUCUCAGCUCAUCCAUUUAUAGCCCCUUUCAUGGGGUGGGUGUGCCUGUUUUACUCCCCCUCCCACCCUGUAUGCUGAGCCUCUGCCCAUGUACGAAGCUUCCUUCUUCUUGGCCCUGUGCUAUUGGGUGGUGGCCAGUCUCUUGGUGGGAGGAAGGAGAAUUAUAAUUAUAAUUAUAACUUAUUUAUUUAUUUAUACCCCGCCCUUCCCGGUUCAAAAACCAGGCUCAGGGCGGCUAACAACAAACACUUAACUGUAAAAGCAGCACAAAAUACAGUAUAAAAACAUGAAUAACAAUAAAAUUCAAAAUUCAGAAAUCAAUUUAGGGGAAAUAAGCAUUAGAUAAUCCCCAGGGCUAGCUGGCUGAAUUGGUCCUACUUGGGCCAGCGAGGAGGCCAGGGGAGAAUUAGCUGUGGGGUCUCAGAGCGGGUAAUCUUCAUAAAAGGGGAGGGGGAGAGAAGAGAAGGGAAAUAAAAUAUCAGGCUGAAUUCAAAUUAAAGGCCAGGUGGAAUAACUCUGUCUUACAGGCCCGGCGAAAGGAGGUUAAAUCCUGAAGGGCCCUAGUCUCAUGGGACAGAGCAUUCCACCAGGUCGGAGCCAUCACUGUAAAGGCCCUGGCCCUGGUGGAGGAUCGUCUGACUUCCUUAGGGCCCGGGACCUCUAAACUAUGGUUAUUCAUGGACCUUAAAGUCCUCUGUGGGGGUCCCGUAAAGCCCUUCUCUGUGGGCAGGGCCUGAACAAGACUUACGCAGGGAGGCACCCCUGGGUGCUUCCUCUGGGCUUUCAGAUUAACAUUUCUAGGGUAGUGAUUUUAUUUGAAAAAGAACAAAGAAUGACGUUGGAACUCAUGGACACUUGAUUCCACACAGGGAUAUGAGAUUCUGCUGUUGGGGGUGGGCCUCUCUCAUGUCCCCCAUCCCAAAUGGCACAGACUCUGUUGCUGCCCCCCUCCUUGCCUGAGGCUGCCUGGUUUUGCCCCUGAGCAGAUUUAACAAGGCCCCUCGGUGGGCAUUGGGUCACCCCUCGCCCUGCCCCCUCUUUCUCUCUGGGCGGGACAGGCUUGCUUUCCUCCCUUGCCUCCCCCCUCCCCCAACUUGCAGAGAGCAGCUGCUGGGUUUUAAUUUAAACUACAAAACAGGGGCUUCCACCUUGCAGAACCUCAUUUCCAUCCAGGAUCAGCUUUGCAAGAGCUGAGCUGCUGCAGCCACAGCCCUACUGCUGUCGGAGGGGGAACUGGCCACAAACAAGACUGAAAACAGAGCCGGGGGGAACAAAUUUCAGGGUGGGAGGGAGAUGGGAGUCGACUUGCCAGUGUAAAGUGCCUUUUUUUCCUUUUGCUUUUAAUGUACACUUUAAUACUUUGUGGAAUGAAUGAAGAAUAUUUAUAACCACUAUCCCCAACUGUGGUUGUCCUAAGGGUGUUUCUGCAUGAAUGUGUUGUUCUUGUUAGGUUUCUGAUGUGCUGGUUUGCUGCAUCCAAUCACUAAUUUCUCCAGGCUUUUGAAGAUUGUCCACCCUGACUUCAGUUCUUCACAGUUUAUGCAGUAGACCGGGGUUACUUGAGUAUGGCACAGUCUAAGCGACACCAUAAGAGGCAAUAGCAGCCUGGCCCAGGGCUCAAAUUACUGGGGGGGGGGGGGGGAAGCUUGGGGGCUUCUAAUGAAAACCAAAACCUGACUUUCCCCAGUAAUUUAAGCCAAAUCGUACCACACCCGUCUAACAACAGUAGUUAAAUAGACUGUCACAAAACUGUGAGGAUGAGGGCCAGUAAGCAUUGCAAAAGCCAGGACCUACAUAUGAUUAUACUCCUAAAGAGGCCAGUCUCAGGGACGCGGGGUGGCACUGUGGUCUAAACCACAGAGCCUAGGGCUUGCCGAUCAGAAGGUUGGCGGUUCGAAUCCCCGUGACGGGGUGAGCUCCCGUUGCUCAGUCCCUGCUCCUGCCAACCUAGCAGAUCGAAAGCACGUCAAGUGCAAGUAGAUAAACAGGUACCGCUCUGGCAGGAAGGUAAACAGUGUUUCCGUGCGCUGCUCUGGUUUGCAGAAGUGGCUUAGUCAUGCUGGCCACAUGACCUGGAAGCUGUACGCCAGCUCCCUCGGCCAGUAAAGCGAGAUGAGCACCGCAACCCCAAAGUCAUCCGCGACUUGCAUGCCAGUGCAAGUAGAUAAAUAGGUACCGCUCCAGCAGGAAGGUAAACGGUGUUUCCGUGUGCUCUGGUGUCCAUCAUGGUGUUCCGUUACACCAGAAGCGGUUUAGUCAACCUGGCCACACGACCCGGAAAGCUGUCUGUGGACAAACGCCGGCUUCCUCGGCCUGAAAGUGAGAUGAGAACCGCAAUCCCAUAGUCACCUUUGACUGGACUUAACCGUCCAGGGAUCCUUUGUGCCUUUGGAAUAAUUUCUCUGAGGGGCAUCUUGCUUCAGUUCUGUUUCCUUUUUAUAGCAGGUGAAGAUGCUCCUCUUUGCCCAGACCUUUGGUAGAGGUGUAAUGAGUUUUGAUAAGUUUGUUUUCACUGCCUCUCCUGCCUUAUUUCUUAUUUUCAUUGUUCUCAUUUUAUUGUCAUUGUUCAAUUUCAGUGUAUUUGUGUAUUUUCCACCCUGGGACUUUCAGGUGAGAGGUGGACUAUAAACACCACAAAUAAACAAAUAAUCAUUUCCACAUUCACUUUUACGUCCCAUCACCCUCAGGGGGACGUACCUGUCCCCUCCGCUGUGUGAGAGGUUGUCUCUUGGGUGAGAUACAGUUGUAUGCAUGCCAUUUCCACCUGCAGCAUGCAGCUGGUACUGAAAUAUUUUUGAACUCAGCCCUUUCAUCCCCUCUAAAUCCUAUUGUGUCAGUGUCGUUACAAGGAGAUAAUUCCAUAUCAAAAUCUAUUCAGAUGGAAGCCUCAUCAUGCAGUGUGCCAGUUGUAUUGCAGCCCAUAAUCAAAAGCCCAUUUUAUUUCUUUGUUCCUGGCUGCCUGUGUGUCUUUUUGUACAAAUUCUGUACUGAAUAUGCAGAGUUUCAUAGAGUUGAUUCAACAUGCUUAUCACGUUCCCUAAAGGUAAAGGUAAAGGGACCCCUGACUAUUAGGUCCAGUCAUGGCCGACUCUGGGGUUGCGGCGCUCAUCUCGCUUUAUUGGCCGAGGGAGCCGACAUACAGCUUCCGGGUCAUGUGGCCAGCAUGACUAAGCCGCUUCUGGUGAACCAGGGCAGCACACAGAAAUGCCAUUUACCUUCCCGCCAGAGCGGUACCUAUUUAUCUACUUGCACUUUGACGUGCUUUCGAACUGCUAGGUUGGCAGGAGCAGGGACCGAGCAACGGGAGCUCACCCCAUCGCAGGGAUUCAAACCGCCGACUUUCUGAUCGGCAAGUCCUAGCCUCUGUGCUUAUCGCGUUCCCUACAAAGCUACAAAAGCAAAACCGGUUGUUGCGUCUCCUGGUUUGCCUGGCCCUGUGUUAAAACUGUGCUUCACACAGGACAUAGUAAAAUCUUCCUUGUUCCCAUAUGUGUUUUGUAAUGGUGUCUUCUUCUUUCCCAAACAGGGCUGCAGGCAUUGGAAUUCUUGUUGUGAUUCUUACAGCUUUGCUGAUUAUUGGCUGUUGGUAUUACAAAAAGCGCAAUGGUUAUAGAAGCCUUCUGGUAAGGAUAAAAGUUAAAAUUAAAAAAUGCUGCAUCUCAGUUCUGCCUAGGAUCCACAGUCCUGUAGUCUUUCCCCCUAAACUCUGAUGUGCAAAUACACUUCAUGGUUACUCAGUACUGGUGAGGCAAAUACGCUCUGCCCCUGCUCAGAGGUACAUUUGUAUGGUACUGUACUUCCUAUGAUCUAGUGUUAAACCUAAACAUAGGGAGCAGAUACUAGCACUGUCGUAAGUUAAGCCUUGGGUGUACUCAGUGUGCACAAUAACCUAUGACAGCCUUUGCCAGCCUGGUUGCCCUCCAGAUGUUUGGGAGACCCCCAACAGACGCAGCCCGCAGAGGGUUGCCAAAGGUUUAUGCAGGAGGAGUUGUUUGGAUUUGCUAUCCCACUUUAUCACUACCCGAAGGAGUCUCAAAGCGGCUAACAUUCUCCUUUCCCUUCCUCCCCCACAACAAACACUCUGUGAGAUGAGUGAGGCUGAGAGACUUCAGAGAAGUGUGACUAGCCCAAGGUCACCCAGCAGCUGCAUGUGGAGGAGCGGGGAAGUGAACCCGGUUCACCAGAUUACGAGUCCACCGCUCUUAACCACUACACUACACUGGCUCACAGUGGAGGGAUGUAUUGCAAGACUAUCGCAUGCUAAGAAUCACACAUGCACUGUAGGGUGAGAGCAAGUAGGACCCCACUUUCACUGCGACUUAAAGAGCAAAUUUUGUGCGAGACCACAUGUGAAUGUUAAAUGUGGAUAAAAAAGAAACUGAAAGCACAUUGACAUUACAGACAGAUGAUGUAAGCCCCAAAGAGAUUUAGGCCUCAUGUGCAAAACACUCUUAGACUUAAUUCUCAUUACUGGGUUUUUUAUAUAUAUUAUGGACCUUCUAAUUUUCCUUGCACUCAAAUGUCUCGUUUCUCUGCCCUUUUCUCCCUGUGUGCCACAGAGUAAGAAUUUUGGAGGGACCACUGGAAGGAUCUCGGAAGGAAAAAGUGGUUUGUUGGGCUCCAAAUUGCCCUUGCAGGAAUACAACAGCAACAGAAGCCAUGUGGUAAGAUUAUCCUUUCUCUUAACAUUUGGAAACCCUUUCUGUGACCACCAGAGAGUGCAGUGAGAGGGCCAAUAGAGUGGAGUGGUUAGAGCUUUAGACUAGGACCUGAGAGACGGGGGUUCAAAUCCCACGUUGCUCAUGGGGUGACCUUGGACCAGUCAUUGCAUCUUAGCCUAACCUACCUCACAGGGUUGUUCUGAGGUUAAAAUGGGGGUGUCCUCUGAGCUCCUUAGAGGAAAGGUGGGACAUAAAAUGAACAAAUAUAUAACUAUUGUUGAAGAAUCAACAUCACACUGGUACAGAGUCAUAGGGGCUGAAUGAUUUUUUUUAAAAAAUGAAUUUUCCUUCCUGAGGUCUUCUGAUGGGGUGGUUGGUGGUGGACGCCAUGGGCCCCUGAGGUUCAAUAAGCCUUUACCAAAAACCGAGGCUUUAGUGCCCUGUGGAACUACUUCUCAGUAGUGUUGGUUGGCAAGGGGGGGCGGAAUAGGUAUAUGAAAAGAAUUCCUGCAUGCUGAGGUCCAGGUUUCGGACGAUUACUCUUUGGUGAGUGAACCGCAGCAGAGAUUUAAAAUCAAAAAAAUAUACAGCAAAGUAAAGUGUGGAAAUGUAGUCUGUUAGACCUGUUAUUCCCUUAUGAGUUCCAAAACUUCCCUCUUCCCUUAGCAUAGAAAAUGGUUUACUUACUAAUUCUUCAAAAGUCAGGUUCAUGUGCUUUUCCAUGCGGCUUGGACUGGCUGGCUAAGCCAAGUGAAGGUAGCCAAUGGAUCUCAAACCCUCAGCAAGUAACAGACUUCCCGUGUAUGUGAAGACAGGCUCUGGCAGAUUGAGCAGACAAGACCAAUAGUGGUGUAGAGGGAAGUAAGGGGGAGAUGGGACUCAUCAACCUGAGAAGGUAGUGCAUCUAGGAGGAAGAAAACUCUGAUCCUAAAGCUGCCUUGUCAGAUAUUGUCGGGAGAAGAAAAGGCUAAGAUUAAACCCCACACAAAUAGGGAGUGAAGUUGCUAAGAUGGUUGGAUGGUGUCUUGUAAAUCUCCUUCUGGCAGCUCCUGCGGCCAAGCUGGUGCCAAAUGUCUUGUUCUGCUUUCCUUUGGACCACAUCAGCAAGGCUGAAAGGGGGUGGUCUUGUUGUCUGGGCAGCCCAGGGCACAGGUCACUUCGUUGAUGCUAACACCGUGGUUCAGCUUCACUCCCAGAGGCACACUCCAUUGUCUCUCGAGAUAGACAGAUGCCAGCAAUGUUGACAUAAUGAUGUUUGAAUGUGGUGAUUAUGGGAAGCGCAUUAAGAAACGUCUGGCAAUAUUAGCUUAAGGAAGCUAUAAAGCACCUUAGUAUUUACAACUUAGCAUAUGAAUAACAGUACGUUUCCGAGCACAAUUCAAAGUGUUGGUGCUGACCUUUAAAGCCCUAAAUGGCCUCGGCCCAGUAUACCUGAAGGAGCAUCUCCACCCCAUUGUUCGGCCUGGACACUGAGGUCCAGCGCCGAGGGCCUUCUGGCGGUUCCCUCACUGAGAGAAGUGAAGUUACAUGGAACCAGGCAGAGGGCCUUCUCAGUAGUGGCUCCUGCUCUGUGGAACGCCCUCCCAUCAGAUGUCAAAGGAAUAAACAACUAUCUGACGUUUAGAAGCCAUCUGUUUAGGGAUGUUUUUUAAUGACUGAUGUUUUCAUGUAUUUUUAAUCUCCUGUUGGAAGCCGCCCAGAGUGGCUGGGGAGACCCAGCCAAAUGGGUGGGGUAUAAGUGGUACCUCAGGUUAAGUACUUAAUUCAUUCCGGAGGUCCAUUCUUAACCUGAAACUGUUCUUAACCUGAAGCACCACUUUAGCUAAUGGGGCCUCCUGCUGCUGCCGCACUGCCGGAGCCCGAUUUCUGUUCUCAUCCUGAAGCAAAGUUCUUAACCUGAAGCACUAUUUCUGGGUUAGCGGAGUCUGUAACCUGAAGCGUAUGUAACCCGAGGUACCACUGUAAUAAAUUAUUAUUAUAUUAUUAUUAUUCUCUCUUUCCUGACUUACAUUUUCACAGGUGCCUGAUGCUCCACCGGCCUAUGACAAAAUAUCUGCCACCCUUUUGCCACCGCCAUAUGCACCAUGAAGCAGGAACCAUUAAAUCCAGUGCUUGAACGAUUACACGCACCAUCUUUGAUUUUUAGCUACACCUCUUGAAAAAUAAUGCAUGCUAUUGCAAAUGUAUCUAGAAGCCAUUAUUGCUUAAGAAAAUGCAGCUGUUCCCAAUUGUAUGAGAUACCUGGAAUGCUGAUGCCUUUGUACCUUCAUUCCAGUUGCCUGGAGUCAUUCAGUGUAAGAGAUGCUGUGAUAUAUUUUAUUCCAGGAGCUAUACCAAGCAUAAUAAAUACUGAAGAGCAAGAACCAGCCUUCCUGAACCAGUGCUUAAAAAAAAAGUAGUAGUUUAGGGGUACUUUCAUUUUGACUCAAGAAAAUCACUCUUUUAUAGUUCAAAUCGGGAAGACUAAAUACAGUACAUGGACAAAAGUACGAAGAUUCACAAAAUGUUUAGGGAAUUGCGUAUCCCCAGAAAAAAGCACUGAUAAUAACCCCCACACGUGGACUCUAUUACUCUUUUGUUCUUUUUGAGAUUUAUUAAAAGAAUAAAUGAUUUUAUCUCUUUAAUGCUUCUCAUUAUGUAGCAUGCCAAUAAAUAAAGCCCUUUUAGCUUCUUGUGCUUCAUUUGCUCAGCUCUCAGUGAACAGGUUGGCCUCUCAGGAGCCUCCUCCAUCGUCUCAGAAGCUACAAGGCAAACGAGACGUGAAGGUGGAAUAGCCCAUCUGAGACCCCACUUAAUUCAAAUAACAACACAAUGAUUUCUGGCGUGUGGUGCGGAAGGGGAGAUUCUGAAGAGUCCUGAAACCCACCUUUGCAUUUUGAUGCCAAACCAUUUCUCCCUUGUUGUUUUCUCUCCCGC